ACAAGCUCGACGCCAUCAAAUCCCCCAAUGCCAGUCAAAUCGCAAUAAUUGAAGCUGUAAAUUUUCCUAACCUUGCCCUAAUCGAGCAGAUUUUGGAGUGAAACUCAUAACCCAGAUACCAAAACCUCUAAACGUAAAACCUCUCUCUCAUUCUUUCUUCUUCUCCUAAUGAUUCGAUUAACCCUCAAAUCACCCCAAAAAUCUCCAUUAAUCUCCUCCCUCCUCCUCCUUAAACCCUCUUUCUCCACCGCAAACCUCGCCGUCGACCACCCUGAACCACCACCACCCACAACCACCAGAGCUGCAAUUUCAAGAAUCCUCAACUUGUUUAUCCAAACUCAUUGCACUAAAGGCUCUGCAAAGCUUUUACGAGGUGACCCAUGUUUUAAAAACUUGAUCUUGGAGCUCAAUUCAUCGGAAAUUGAGGGCAUUGUUGAGAAACUGAGUUUUGAAAAUUCCGAAUCUGCUCUUGAGUUCUUCUUCUUAUUGAGAAAUGAUUAUGGGUUUAAUCAUUCCAGAGUUUCACACAUUGUUGUUGCUCAUGUUUUGGCUGAAAAGCAGCGGUUUAGAGCUUUGAAGAUUCAUUUAAAACAUUUGGUUCAACAAGAAGGCAUUGGUUCAGCUCAUUUGAUAUGCGAACUGCUUUUGAUUCGCUUUCAGAAAUGGGAUUCUAAUCAUGUUGUCUGGGAUGUGUUGGCUUCUGCUUAUUCCCAUUGUCAGAUGGUUGGUGAUGCUCUCUUUGUUUUUGCAAAGAUGAAAGAUUUCGAUAUCAAGGCUUCGGUAUUUACAUACAAUAACUUGUUGUAUAAUUUGAGGCACACUGAUAACAUCUGGGAUGUUUAUGAUGACAUCAAAGCCAGUGGGCAAAACCCGAGCGAGUAUACUAAUUCAAUUCUUAUAGAUGGUCUGUGCAAACAAUUCUUGAUGCAAAAAGCAGUUGAUUUUGUCCGAGGGAUUGAAUGUAGAGAGUCUAAGCCUUCUGUUGUGUCUUUCAAUAGUCUUAUGUUGAGUUCCUGUAAAAUGGGUUCCGUAGACGUUGCCAAGUCAUUCUUUUGUAUGAUGUUUAAGUGUGGAUUACAUCCCAAUGUAUAUAGUUACAAUAUUCUCAUUCAUGGGUUAAGUGUAGCGGGUGCAAUGGAAGAAGCAUUGGAGUCCAUAGAUGAUAUGAAGAAACAUGGUUUAGAGCCUGAUCUGGAAACUUAUAACGUCCUCGCCAAAGGAUUUCAUUUGCUUGGUAUGAUGAAUGGUGUCCGGAAGUUUGUUAAUGAAAUGCUUCAUAAAGGCAUGAAUCCUGAUAUUUUCACAUAUACAAUGUUGAACUGUGGAUAUUGCAAGGAAGGUAAUACUGAUGAGAGGAUUAAGUUGAGAGAGGAGAUGUUUUCAAAGGAAGGGGUCCAUGCCAGUGAUAUCUCAGACAACAUGUUACUUGGCAGUUUGUGUAAAAGCAGACGUUUAGAUGAAGCUUUGAAUUUGUUCCAUGAGAUAGAGAGCAGCGGUCGUAAACUGGAUCAUAUCAUGUACUCGAUUCUCAUUCGAGGCCUUUGUAAGCAAGGAUUGGUUGAUAUGGCUUUUCAAUUGUACAAAGAUAUGUGUUGUAAGAGAAUUGUUCCAAAUAUUGUUGCUCAUAGAUCUAUUCUCAAAAGCUUCUGUGAGAAAGGUUACAUAUAUGAGGCAAGAGUUUUGUUUGACGCUUUAAUAAAUUGUGACUUAAUAGAUGAUAUUUUUUUGGUUAAUAUUAUGGUUGACGGAUAUGCAAAACUUGGUGACAUUGGUGAGGCUGUUCAGGUAUACGAACUAAUAACAGGAAAAGGAAUAACCCCAAGCGUAGUUACAUUCAAUUCCUUAAUAUAUGGGUUCUGCAAAGCCAGAAAGUUAGAUGAUGCAAGAAAUUGGGUUGACACUAUAUGUGCACAUGGGUUGAUACCAUCAGCGAGGACGUACACAACUCUUAUUGAUGCCUAUGGUGAAGAAGGGAAAAUGCAAGCCGUUUUUGAGUUGCUAGAGGAAAUGAAAGCAAAGAGCAUAGAACCAACUCAUGUUACUUACACAGUGAUAAUGAAAUGGCUCUGUAAAAGAAGGCAGAUACAUGAGUCUGUCCGGAUACUAAAGAGUAUGUUACCAGAUGGUUUUCAGCCUGAUAAAGUUUUUUACAACACAAUUAUUAAAAGUUUAUGUGAAGCUCGAGAUAUGAAAGGCGCUUUCCAAUUAUAUAAAGAGAUGGAGGUGCACAAACUUCAGCCAAGUCGUGUCACGUACAACAUUCUCCUUAAUGGCUUAUGUACACAUGGAGAGCUAAAGGAUGCUGAGGAACUAUUUUAUACACUCAAAGAUGUUGGCCUGAUGAAAUGUGAUUACACCAUUCUAAUAAAAGCGUAUUGUGCAAAAGGAUCAGUGCAUAAGGCAGUGGAUCUAUUCCAAAAGAUGAUUAAGAAGGGCUUUGAAAUCUCUAUUAGGGAUUAUAGUGCUGUGAUUAAUAGGUUGUGCAAAAGAAAUUUACUAGCUGACAUGGAGAUUUUUCUGCGUAUGAUGUUGUUUCAUGGCAUAUCUGUUGAUUUUGUUAUGCUUAACAGUUUCCGUCAUAUUCGUGAUCGCAAUUAUGUGUUUCAAUUGUUCUCUUUGAUGAUUAAGUGUGGAUUAGAUACUGAUUCUAAUUGUGGUUAAGUGUACAAGACACCAAUUCAGGAUGAUUAAUGUGCUUUGUUGCAAUAUGUGAGCUUCUUGGUUCAUGUGAUGUAACGAGAAAAGUUCCUAGAAGCUGUAACUUUAUUUUAUAAGAUGAGAUCAUAUGGAAACUAUGUCCUCUGACAAGCACAUUUUGUAUGGGGAAAAGAUAAAGGACUUUGGCAUCCGUAAGAAAAGUUAACAGGACUGUGGUGGACCUGUCAUGGUCAUAACUGUUGGUAUGUUAACUGGCCUCUGCUUUUGACUCCCUUUCACUUCUGUCUCGGGCAAAAGACGAGGGAUAGAUCCUCAUAAACAUAUAGCCAGCUGUCCUUUUGGAUCCUAGGCUUCAGCAGCCAAUAGGGGCAUGGCAGUUUUAUGAUUGCUGGAGCUUUUAUGGCUUGAGUUCUUGGAGAUGAUUAAUGGAAUCAUUUGAGUUGAAGAUGCGCCCAUGGGGAAAUUAUGUCCCCUGAGAAGCACAUUUUGUAUGGAGAAAAGAUAAAGGACUUUGGCAUUCGUAAGAAAAGUUAACAGAUUUCAAUUUAAAUAACAGAAUAAGUGAUGGCUCUUGAGGGGAAGAUUCCAACAUCAAUGAUCCUCAGAAACAUAUAGCCAGCUGUCCUUUAGGAUCCUAGGCUAAAGCAGCCAAUAGGGGCAUGACAGUUGUAUGACUGCUGGAGCUGUUAUGGCUUGAGUUCUUGGAGAUGAUUAAUGGCAUCAUUUGAGUUGAAGAUUUGAAGAUGAUGUAUUUUUGAGGACGAAGGAGUCUGCCAAUGCAAAAAAUGAAAUGUAGAGUCGAACUCGGUUGAUUGAAACUAUGAUUCUUGAGGUCAGAGACAGAGAAAGGAUCUGAGAUGCUUUUGCAAAGUCUAAUGCUCUGUGUUGUCCUCCAAAACUUGCUCAAGAGAAGUUCUGCACGGUUGGGGAGGUUAUAAUUCAGCACAACCAAGACAAUCCACUUUGGCCACUACGUAUUCAGACUUGAAGGAAAGAAUCAGGAGGCAAAUAUGCUUCCCACAACAGUUGAAAUAAACAAUACUGGCAUGUAUUAUAUUUAUUUCAUGUUUUGUGACCCAAAACUUAAGGGAACAAUAGUCAGAGGCAGAACAGUAUGGAAAAUUCCAGAUGGCUAUUUACCAGGGAGAAUGGUACCAUUGAGGACCUUCUACGGACUUGCUUCUUUAGCCUAUCUUGUUCUUGGUCUAUUCUGGUUCCUGAGGUUUGUUCAGUUCUGGAAGGAUGUCAUACAGCUGCAUUAUCAGAUUACUGCUGUUAUUGCCCUUAGCAUGUCUGAAAUGGCUCUCUGGUAUUUUGACUAUGCAAAUCUUAAUGCCACCAGAAGCAGACCUAUGGUAAUUACAAUAUGGGCAGUCACAAUGACUGCUGUAAAGAAGACGUUGUCUCAUGUGCUUGUUUUAGUCGUUUCGAUGGGUUAUGGUGUUGUUCGGCCUACUCUUGGUGGUGUAACCUCAGAAGUGUUUCUGUUAGCCCUUACAUAUUUUAUUUCCACCGAGGCACUUGAACUUGUGGAGCAUUUGGGCAGCAUCAAUGACUUCUCAAGGAAAACCAAGAUAUAUUUGGUGCUGCCUGUCGUUUUCUUGGAUGCAUCAUUUAUUUUGUGGAUAUUCUCAUCAUUAUCUAAGACACUGGAAAAAUUGCAGAUGCGGAAAAGCAUGGCAAAACUUGAACUUUAUAGAAAGUUUACCAAUUCCCUUGCAAUUUUUGUGCUUCUUUCCCUUGCUUGGGUUGGCUAUGAGGUAAUGUAGUUUCAAGUUCUGAAUACAAAAAUGGUGUACAAAUACAUGAAAUGUGGCUUGUCUAUGAGAUCCCUCUCCUAUGAUAUUGGUGUUAGGGGAGUAUAGUAGUCUUCUUCUGUAUGUAUUCUUCAUAUAGUAUUCUGCACUUCAAAAUGAUCUUCCCGAGUAGAGACGAAGCUAGCAUUUUGAGGUUAUGAGUUCUGGAUUCUAGAAAAUACAACUUACUGAAUUCUUGGCCAAAGCUACUUCAUUCUACUGAAUCCGUGGACAAGCUUGUAGCUCUGCCUCUGCCUCUGCCUCUGCCUCUGCCUAUUCUUGAAGCUAAGUUUAUUUUUUUUUCCCAGGUGUAAAGAAUUAGUAGCCAUUUUGGAGUGAGACGUGCUUAAAUGAAAUGACAUAAUCGUUCAAGCCUUUUAUAUCCGACCUCCCAACUUGCUUGGUUGGAGGCAUAGUCAUUGUUCUAGAGGCUUUAAUAGCCAUUUUCUAUGUUACUUGACUUUUCAAAAUUAUUGUUGUUGCAGCCAUAUUGGACACGCAACCGGUGAUGUUUUUGAAAAGUUCGAGCAAUAUAGCUUUUCCUUGGCCUAAAGUUUAAAUUCGUGUUACCUGUAUCAAUGGUCUAAUAUCAAACAAAGAUGUUCAGAAUCCAAAUUGUGCUCUUAAUGGGGACGGACAAUAUUUAUGUAUUUUACUUCGAACAAUCUGGAAUAAUAAAGUGUGCAUCAGGUCAUUUUAUAGUUUGUUUGAACUCUUAAAAUCAAUUUUUCAUUAAUCUACAGAAUGGUUUGUCCUAGAUUUCCUGAAAAACUUAAAACAUCUUUAGUACCAUUUUGUAUGUUAAACAAAGUGUUUUAGUGCCUUUGAUCAUAGUUCUUAAACAAUUUGUCUGUUUGAUAUGUAAAAUACUCAACUGCGAAAACCGUGAUAAAUUGUUUGAUUAGUUCCAGUAGAAGAAUUACAGUCCAAAUAUUGUUUAUGUAGAAGCAUCAUUACCAUUUAUAUUGAUGUCUUAUACUUUGUUUUAGUUGCAAGAUUCUAAAUACAAGGAAACUAAUUUCUUUCUAGCUGCAUCUAUGUAGCUUUUACCAUAAUAUUAUCUUUUACGAGUCAUAGUAUUGCUUUGGUAGUUUCUUGUCCUUAGAUUUUUGUUACUCUCCGUUGUUCCAUGUACCUCGAUUAUCGUACUGUAAUUUCUGUUUCUGUUAGUAUCUAUUAUUUUUGUUGUUAUCUAAUGUUUCUUGUACUUCUAUUACUCCUUUUUCGGGAUUGGUUUUCCUUGAGUCUUGAGGGUCAAUUGGAAACAACCUUUCUGCUUCUAAGGCAGUGGCUGGGUAAGGUCUGCGUACAUACUGUCAUUCUCAGACCCCGCUUUGUAGGACAACAAUGGGUUGGUCCCCAUGUAAAACAUAUUCUUGCUGUUAGUGCAAAAGCAAAUCACUUGCGACGCGAUAUAGUUCAGCCGGAGUAGUACCAAGCAAUCUUUGAAGAAACGUUUGAGCAAUUGAUGUUAGAGGUGAAUUUUGUUCAACUUUUCUUUACUAAGUCAGUCUCCAUCAAUGCCUGUUAUGCUAUAUAUUGAUAUUGCAUACCAAGAACUCUGUAAUGAUGUACCUAAAAUUCGCGUGCAGUCUAAAAUAAGUUUCCUUACUCUCAA